UCCUACAGAAAAGAAAAAGAAAAAAAUGUCAUUAGAAGAGGCGUAACACGUCAGUCCGUCCCCAGGUUUGUGUUUCCUGGAGUGGCAGAAAGAGAUCAGUCCUAACCUGCCCAGCAGGAAUAACGGUCCCUUCCGACAACUCUUUCCGAGGCUUUUUGACCAUUUUGUCCUCUCUUCCAACCAGCUACAUCUCCCUGCACCUUUUUUUCUCCCCUCCUUCCUCCACUCCGCGGCUUUUUCAUGCUUCUUCUUCUCUCCAUUGCUGACCAAAACUACACACAAGACUUCGCAGUAUUGAACUAUGAGAAUGUAGUGGAAACGGGUUCGGAAACAGACGAGGAAGACAAGCUCCAUAUUGCUGAAGACGACGGGAUCAUUAGCGUGCUGGACCAGGAACCCAGUCCUGCAAGUGUGCCCAACCAUGAGCCUUCCCCACAUGUGAGCCAAGCACUGAUGCCAAGAGAGGAGGAGGAAGAUGAGAUGAGGGAAAGCGGAGUUGAUCACCCCUGGCACAACAAUGAGAUCUUGCAAGCCUCUGUGGAUGGUUCGGAAGAAAUGAAGGAAGAGUAUGACACCAUGGGGCCUGAAGCUGCAAUUCAGACCACUGGAAACAACGGAACAGUUAAGAAUGCAAAUUGCACGUCGGACUUUGAGGAAUAUUUUGCUAAGAGGAAAGUGGAUGAAGGAGAUGGACACUCAGUCAGUAUAGCGGAGUACCUACAACGCAGUGAUACAGCCAUUAUUUACCCGGAAGCCCCCGAGGAACUGUCUCGUCUUGGCACUCCAGAGGCCAAUGGGCAAGAAGAAAAUGACCUGCCACCUGGAACUCCAGAUGCUUUUGCCCAACUGCUGACCUGCCCCUACUGUGACCGGGGCUACAAGCGCUUGACAUCACUGAAGGAGCACAUCAAGUACCGCCAUGAGAAGAACGAAGAGAACUUCCCUUGCCCUCUUUGCAACUACACAUUCGCUUACCGCACCCAGCUCGAGCGGCAUAUGGUGACGCACAAGCCAGGGACAGAUCAGCACCAAAUGCUGACCCAAGGAGCAGGCAAUCGUAAGUUCAAGUGCACAGAGUGUGGCAAGGCCUUCAAAUACAAGCACCAUCUGAAGGAACACCUGCGAAUCCACAGUGGUGAAAAGCCCUAUGAGUGUCCAAACUGCAAGAAGCGUUUCUCCCAUUCUGGCUCGUAUAGUUCACACAUCAGCAGCAAGAAAUGCAUUGGCUUAAUCUCUGUAAAUGGUCGAAUGAGAAACAAUAUCAAGACGGGUUCUUCUCCUAAUUCUGUAUCUUCUUCACCUACUAAUUCAGCCAUUACACAACUGAGAAACAAGCUGGAGAAUGGAAAACCACCUAGUAUGUCUGAGCAAUCAGGCUUACUGAAAAUCAAAACGGAACCACUAGAUUUCAAUGAAUAUAAAGUUCUGAUGGCAACCCAUGGGUUCACUGGUGCUAAUCCUUUCAUGAAUGGCAGACUUGGUUCAACCAGCCCAAUAGGAGUUCAUACUUCCACGCAAAGUCCAAUGCAGCACUUAGGGGUAGGGAUGGAUGCAUCUUUACUUGGAUUCCCAGCAAUAGGCAGCAAUUUAAGUGAGGUGCAGAAAGUCCUACAGAUUGUGGACAAUACUGUUUCCAGGCAGAAAAUGGACUGCAGCGCUGAAGAAAUCUCCAAGCUGAAAGGUUACCACAUGAAGGACCCAUGUUCUCAACCUGAGGAACAAGGCGUUACUUCUCCUGGUAUUCCACCUGUGGGUCUUCCAGUAGUCAGUCAUAAUGGUGCCACUAAAAGUAUUAUUGACUACACAUUAGAAAAGGUCAAUGAAGCCAAAGCUUGUCUCCAGAGUUUAACUACAGACUCGAGGAGGCAGCUCAAUAACAUUAAGAAAGAAAAGCUACGCACCCUAAUAGAUCUGGUAACUGAAGACAAAAUGAUAGACAACCAUAAUAUACCUACUCCAUUUUCAUGCCAGUUCUGUAAAGAAAGCUUUCCUGGUCCCAUUCCCCUUCAUCAGCAUGAACGUUACCUGUGUAAGAUGAACGAAGAAAUCAAGGCAGUCCUCCAACCUCAUGAAAACAUGGCUCCUAGCAAACCAGGAGUGUUUGUUGAUAAGCAAGCUCUCCUCCUGUCAUCAGUACUUUCUGAGAAAGGAAUGACUAGCCCCAUCAAUCCAUACAAGGACCAUAUGUCUGUACUUAAAGCAUAUUUUGCUAUGAAUAUGGAACCCACCUCUGAUGAACUACUGAAAAUUUCCAUUGCCGUUGGCCUUCCUCAGGAAUUUGUGAAGGAAUGGUUCGAACAAAGAAAAGUCUACCAGUACUCAACUUCCAGGUCACCAUCGCUGGAAAGGAACAGUGCCAAGGUGGUGCUGGCUGCCACCAACAACACGCCCACUAAAGACUCUUUGUCAGCCAGAUCCCCUAUAAAGCCUGUGGACUCUAUAACAUCACCGUCUAUAGCUGAACUUCAUAAUAGCGUUACUAACUGUGAUACCCCUCUCA